UAGUUACAUUCUCUGAUGACCUCUGACCCUUCUCUGCAUUUCCCCUACAGAAUUAAUGUAUAUUUGGGAGGCCUGGACCCGUUUUAUUUCCACGCGGUGAACGUGGUCUUCCACUGCGCGGUCAGCUCUCUGCUCUGUUACGUCUGCAGCACGGCUGUGUUUGAAGACAAGUGGCAGGCGUUGGCCACCGCCUUGCUGUUUGCCGUACACCCCAUUCACACGGAGGCGGUUGCAGGCAUUGUAGGAAGAGCAGACGUGCUAUCCUGCUUCUUAUUCCUCCUCACCUUCCUCUUCUAUAUAAGGAGCGUGGAGGUGAACCCAGCCCCCGAUAGUUUCCCCGGCACCUCCUCUCCCCUCCUCCUGCUGCUCAGCCUGCUCCUGGGGACCUGCGCAAUGCUGGUGAAGGAGACGGGGGUCACCGUGUUUGGGGUCUGCCUGGUGUACGAUUUCCAGAUCCUGUGUCUAAUGAGAUAUAAAAGGUCCUCCUCUUCCCACCACCCUAUGAACAUCUGGAAUGCGGCCGGUCCCUUCCUGAAGAGAGCCGUCCUGGUUUCCUGCCAUGUGACGGUGGUUUUGUGUUUCCGUGUCUGUAUCAUGGGAGGAUCGAUGCCAUUGUUCUCAGAGCAGGACAACCCGGCCUCCUUCUCACCUUACCUCCUCACCAGGUUCCUGACUUUCUCCUACCUGCUGGCGUUCAACGCCUGGCUGCUGCUCGCCCCCGUCACGCUGUGCUACGACUGGCAGGUGGGCAGCAUACCCCUCAUCCACUCCAUCUGGGACAGCCGGAAUGUGCAGACUCUCCUCCUGCUGGCGGUACUCCUAUCUCUGGGGCUGCACUGCCUGGCUGCACGCAAGAGGACGGGACAUCGAGAGACAGUGGUGGGGCUUCUCUUCCUGACCUUUCCCUUCAUACCAGCCAGUAACCUUUUCUUCAGAGUGGGCUUUGUGGUGGCGGAACGCGUCCUCUACAUGCCCAGUAUGGGAUUCUGCAUCCUGUGUGUGCACGGGCUGAAAGGUCUGUACACCCGCGUCGGUCCUCGGGGGUCUUCUGCCGUCACCCUCUGCUUCCUGCUCCUCCUUCUCCUGUUCUCCUGGAAAUCCGUGUCCCAGAGCGAGUGCUGGAGGUCACGGGAAUCGCUCUUCAGAUCGGGGGUCCAGACUUUGCCGCACAACGCAAAAGUGCACUAUAAUUACGCCAACUUCCUCAAGGACCAGAAUCGGAAGGAGGAGGCGAUAAACCACUACACCACCGUGCUAAGAUUGUACCCGCAACACUCCAGCGCCCUCAACAACCUUGGCACCUUAACCACCAAUGCUACGGCAGCGGAGGAAUUUUACCGCAAGGCCUUGGCGAUAAGCCCACAGCAUAGCCGGGCACUUUUCAAUCUUGGCAACUUGCUCAGGACUCGUGGCCAGAACGAAGAGGCGGAGCUUGUACUAAGGGAAUCGCUCCUUCACGGGCCUUAUUUUGCAGACGCGUAUUCAAGUCUUGGGUCAUUGUUGGCUGAUCAGAAGCGACAUCUAGAGGCAGAAGAGGUCUAUCUGACAGGCGUGACCAACUGCCCCGAGAGUCCAGACCUGCAGAAUAAUUAUGGGGUGUUCCUGGUGGAUGUGGGAGCUCCCAGGAAAGCUGUGUCCCAUUAUCUUCUUGCUCUUCGGCUGCGCCCUGAUCACCACGUGGCGAUGCUGAACCUCGGACGUCUGUACCGUUCUCUCAACCAGAACGCAGAGGCCGAGAUGUGGUACAAAAAGGCCCUGCAGAUAUCCCAGGAUAUUGAUGUCAUCACCCCUCUUGGAGCUCUAUAUUACAACACGGAGAAAUACGACGAGGCCUUGCGCCUGUACACGGAGGCGUCGGCGCUGCACCCGGGGAGCGUUCAGAUACGCCUGUCACUGGCACAAGUCCAGACUGUGAUGGGUCGCACGGAGGAGGCGGUGGCUCUCGCUCGUCAGAUUGCAGAUGACGUCCCUGACUGCAUUGAGUGUUUCCGCUUCCUGUCAGCCAUCUACAGCAAGCAGGAGGCCUAUUCCAAGGCUCUAGAAAUGAUUGACAUCGCUCUGCAGAUGAAGCCGAAUGAUCCUAACAUUAUAUCUGAGCUUUAUUUCACAAAAGGCAACCAACUGCGGGAGCUGAACCAGCUGGACGAGGCCUUCCAGAGUUACAGUCGCGUGGCUGAUCUGAGUCCAAAGCAAGCCCAGGCCUGGAUGAACAUGGGCGGCAUCAGACAUAUUCAGGGGGAUUACAUUGCCGCCCGCACCUAUUACAAGAAAGCAGCCGCAUUGGAUCCCGACAGCAGAUUACUGAAGGAAAACCUGGCUAAACUUCAGCGCUUGGAAAAUAAAUUGCAAGGAUCAAAGGAAAGAAAUACAGGUGCACCAAACGAUCAACGUGGAUCCGGCGAGAGACCCGAAAGAGGAGCAGAAACGUCUAGAGAGGACGACAAAUCUGCCAGAAAACAAUGAACAUAUGCUUUAAAUUACCAGAGGGGCAACGAUGAGGGAGAAGGAGGAAAUACUGUGGUGGUCGCCAGGUAACUGCCAGCUUGUGCGCAAGAAACCGGCUUUGGAGGCCUCAUGUAACAGGUCACAGCGGACACCAAGUGAUCUAUCGUGUGUUUGGACUCCAGGACCUGGUCAUGGCACUACAUCAUAUUGUGUCUCUGCCACUAAGCCCACGCUGUUUUACACUAUGUACCCACUGGCGGUAAAACUGUGUUUACAUACAUCAAGACAAACGCAACUAAAAAGGAACAUUUAACGCGUGUAACUUGGUGGCGUUUUCCUUUGAACGCGCCUUGUUCCAUCCCAUUGCAUCAAAUAUCCGUCAUAACUUUAAGAAAAUGUGCUUGUCCCGGUGGAAGCGCAUUGAAAAUGUGUCAAGACGUGGUUAAGAAGCGUUUCCACAUGUGUCUGAUGUGAACCAAAUAUCCGCCGCCUGAUUUGGCAUAGACGCAGGUCUAAUUGCAUGGGCUGAAAUAUAAUUUCUUUUAUUAAGGGAAUAUAAAUCAGUGGAACGUCUUUUACACCACCCGGGCACAUUUCAUAUGGGAUAGCACAGUUCUAGGCCGUGUAAUCAAGAGGAUACAAUUAAAGAAACAUGUUGGAUGCGAAACGCGUAAUAUCUCUGGAUGUGUACAGUGAUGCAUGUAAGAAUACAUGUUAUGAAUGUAUUUCAUGUGUGAAAUGUGUUGUGUCUUUAAAAAAAAAAUGCAGUGAAACGUUUUGCAUGUGGUUAAAAAUGAUGCGAACAAAUGGGUGAAACGGACGAAACGCGUUUCACAUUUUAUACAUUAAUGAUUGAUUACAAAGAUAUCAAAUGCCCAAAUAAUUUUCAAAGCACAGCUUCAAACCUUCAAGCGUAAUAAUCUUAUCAUAAGUUAUUAAAUGUAAUAUAUAUAUUGUAUCACGAUAUACAAAGUUUUCUAGAUUAUCCUCCAAAUAUUUUUUUACAGUGACAUAACUAUAUAUUUAAAGAGAUAUAUACAUCAUAGCCAUAUCAAGUCAGAUAUAUUUUCCCAGAUUAAGGCAUUAUACAAUAAUGAUCUGCAAGGCUAAAGCCCGUAUAGAUAAUUUUAGCACAAAUACAUCUGGCUGUCUAGUAAUGCAGCAAAUACUAAGCUCAGCCGGGUAUAUAGAAAAAUAUUAUCGCGCUGGUGUUACACUAUUUAUUUGAGAAGGCCUUGGGGGGGGGGGGGGGUUUAGGCGUCCGGAGGGGCAAGAGCCUGACGUACUUAGAAAUUCUCAGUGUUCAGUAUGGAAUUGUCCAGGGCAGGAAAAUGUCUUUUUUUGUAUCCUGAAGAAUAAAUCUUUGAGGGAAUUUGCCGUAAAACGUUGUUCUGUUGUCCCGUAUCUGUACACUAUGGCCGUGUCAUCUGGUGCAAUGUUAUACCAAAUAAAGUCAGACCUUUUAUUCUU